AUGAAUAAACAAAAGCAACUAACAAUCUCUUCUGAUUGGAUUAAUGAAAUUAAAUAAGCAUCAGAUCCCCUCAGUCAUUCCUAAAUGUAUAUCAAACAUUUAAGUGAUGUACUAUUAUCGCACAAUAAAACAUUGAAAAUUAGAUUGGAGAUAUAUGAGAAAGAACCAAUAACAUAUUCAUAAAUCACUAAAGCCAUUGCAUCAAAUAAAGCAAAUGAUAAAUUAAAUGAUUAAAAUACACAAUAAAAGUCAAAUUAACACAAAUCUAAUUAAGGAAUUAGUAAUUUAGAAGAGAGUUUGGGUCCAGCAAUAGAAUAAAUAAAGGAAUUAUAGAAGGUUAUUGAAGAAUUAAAAAAAUAAAAUAUAGAGUUGCAUGAGCAAAUGAAAUAAAAGUUAUCAACAAUGAAAUAAGCUAAAAUAAUAAUACCCCAUAAAUUUGAAGGCCAUGAUUAUGUAGGCGAUCAAUUGUUGAUUGGCAAAUCUACAUUAGUUAAUGUUAAGAAAAUAUCCUAUGAGCCUUUUCAUAAAUCCUCUUUGAAUUAAUAAAACUCAUCAAAAGAUAAAUAAAUAUAAAAUUUGAUCAAUCAGAAGAAGUACUUAGAAUAAGAAAUCCUUCAUUUCAAGGAAACGGGGAUAAUUAGAAAGCCCAAACUUGAAGGCCAAGAUUUGGAAAGUAUCAUCAAGAGAUAUGAGAAAAACAAGUCUAUGGUUGCUGCUCAAGAGAGAUUCAACAAGUAAAUAAGAUAGCAGGAAGACUUGAAAGACUAGUAUUUGUAAGCAUUGAUAGAGGAAACCUUUCUAUUGUAAUAACAAUUAAGAUUGAUGACUCAAUCAAAGUCUUGA